AUUAGAUUUUACUUCUAAUGAUAAUUAAUGAAUUUUAUUCACCUAAUUAUCUUGUAUUUGUAUCUUUUAACAUAUUUGUUCCAAUGUUUACACCGUCCAAACGCCCGAAGCCGUGUGACUGUCUGCAAUUUCACUGCCGAUGUCACCGAUCACCGCCACAAUUCCACAGCUGCCCAAAAUUCAGAUCAAGCUUUUCCCUUUAUACUUUUGCACAGUUUAACACAAUUAAUUUUGCUAGACAAUUCCAUUCGUUAAUCUUCGCAUUAAAAAAAAAAAAAACAAAGUCACCAUUGCCAGCCCAGACAAAGCUUUUGCUAGAGUUGUAGAGACUAUAGAAAGAUCUAUGAAUUCUGCAAAUCAAUUCCAAAAGUCCUAAGGCCAAGAAAAAUGGUGGGUACUCCAAAGAAACACUUCCUCGCUUUCCUCCUCCUCCUCUCCUUCUGCAGCCUUCUCAUCCUCCUGUACUCCCCUCACCCAAAUCCCAUCUCUACCCAAACCUUUACUCUAAAUUCCCACUCUAUCCCCACCACCCCAGCCUUUUCUCUCACUAUCAAAGUCCUCACUUUUAACCGCCUCAACUCCCUCACCCGCUGCCUCACCUCCCUUUCCAACGCCCACUACCUCCCCGACCACCCAGUCCACCUCCACAUCUUCAUCGACCAUUUCCCUAACCAAUCCCAAUACUACAUCGCCCCCAAACCUCAGGACUCGCUUGGGAUUCUGCGGUUUAUUGAUGGGUUUGAGUGGAAAUGGGGUCAAAAGAUCGUUCAUUACAGAACCACCAAUGUGGGUCUUCAGGCCCAGUGGUUAGAAGCCUGGUGGCCUACUUCUGAUGAUGAGUUUGCCUUUGUUGUGGAAGAUGAUUUGGAGCUUUCACCAUUGUUUUUUAAGUAUUUGAGAGCUUUGAUCUUGAAUUAUUAUUACAAUGCUUCCAAUUUUAGUCCUUUUGUUUAUGGGGCUUCCCUUCAGCGACCAAGGUUUGUUCCAGGUAGACAGGGAAACAAGAUGCUGCUGGAUAGCACCUCAGGACUUUUCUUGUACCAACUGGUUGGCACCUGGGGCCAGCUCCUCUUUCCAAAGCCUUGGAAAGAAUUCAGGUUGUGGUACGAUGAUCACAAGGCGAAAGACAUAAAGCCAUUUCUUGAUGGGAUGGUUACCACGGGAUGGUACAAAAAGAUGGGAGAAAGAAUAUGGACUCCCUGGUUCAUUAAAUUUAUUCAUUCUCGUGGCUAUUUUAAUAUCUACACAAAAUUUCUGGACGAGAAAUCACUUAGCGUCUCCCACAGGGAUGUCGGUGUCAACUAUGGAAAAACAGCAGGGCCAGACUCUCAACUAUUGGGUGUAAAUUCUCUUGAUAACAAUUUCCUGGAAAUGAAAUCUUUGAGUACCAUGAAAUGGUAUGAUUUCUGUUUCAGGGAAGUAGUUCCUGGAAGAGUUGUAAGGAACUUGAAUGAUCUCGGGUCUAUUCUUCCCUCUGUGCAGACAAAGCAAACAGUUCUGCUUGUGAGCCUAUUUGGGGUAUCAGAGGCAGUCACUAGAAACCUUCUUUGCCACUUUGAGAGGCUAAAUAUUUGGAAUUACAUUUUCAUUGGUCCUGCUACUGACUUUCUGUUUGAUCUUGCUCGAAGGGGACAUCCUGUGAUUGAUGCAGACCAAUUUCUCAACAAUAUCAGAUCAUAUAAAGCAAUUGGAAUUCAAGAGUCAAAUGCUAGGUUUAUGAAGGAUAUUCUGUUGAAGGCUUAUGUUGUCAAAAAAUUUUUAGAAUUCAGUUAUAAUACUUGGGUAGUGGAUGGAAACAUGGUUUUUGUCAAUAAUGACACGUUUCUCGGGUAUAUUGAUUCCACAGACAACUUUUAUGCAGUGGAGAGCUUGGACCUUUUCUUUGUCAGGAACUCACCUUCUGCUCUCAAAGUUUGGGCCGAUGAUUUUGUGCAUGAUGUUGCAGCUAUGUUGGAAAAAAGUUCACUACCUAGAGAUAGCAGACAAUUUGUAUCUGUAAUUGCAAAGCGACUGGAACAAAAGAGAUUUACAGUUAAGCGAAUUGAUGAUAAUAGCUUUGGUAUGAAAAUUGGUAACCAAAAACUCAAUCAAACCUUGAUGGCCAAUAAAAAGACGGUUUAUUGGUCCAGAGAGUUAGAUAUGGAUUCCAUCCAGAAGAGGCUUCAAGAAUUGAGUCUAUGGGUCAUAAAUAAUGACUUUUCCUGCACAGCUGUAGUUUGUCACAAGUCAUAGCACUCACUUAAGUUUUCAGACUUGCAUCUGAUGCUUAAUUUAUUGUACUUAUUGCGAGAGUUUUCAUUGAAGCUCAGGGUGAGUUAAAAGCCAACAGAGUGUGAGGCAGUAGCAUAUUUUGAAACAGAAGAAACUUCGUGUAUCGUCUUUUCAACGCUGAGAGGCACAUUGCGAGCAAUUCAUAGGCCAAGUACGGCUGCACAUUUGACCACUUUUGUUGUUUGGUGCUAGGAAUGAUAAUGCUAGAAGAGUUCUAAGAGAUUGUUUGGAGAUUUUCUCUCGGUUAACGCUAUGUUUGGUUCACCGGAAUUGUCGUUCCAAUUCUUGCCUAUUCCAGAUGGGACCACAGCUUCAAACAUAUGGUUCAUAUUUGCAGUCAGAAUACUGAAUUCUGUCGGAAAGAUGAUUCUGGAUCUCAAGGGAAUAGAUAUCUUUGACAUCCUUAGGUAUUUUCAAUUCCACAGACUAAGGUAUUGCUUUCAAUUUAUUUCCACAGCGUACCCUUUUCUCCCCUGCUCUUCAUCUCUCAUCUCUCAUAUCUCUCUCUGCCUCUCUUCAUCUCUCAUCUCUAUCUCUCUCUUCAGUCUUCAUCAUCCUUUCCUUUCCCAGCCAGCGACCGCGGCAGCGACAGUCCCCUAUUUCUCUCCAUUCUAGGUUUGAUUGUUUGUUUGUGUUAUUUGGGUUCCUCAUAACUGGAGUUCUGUUAUUUAGGUUCUUCAGGGGUGAGAAAAUUGCUAAAAUGAUCUUUGUAGAUUCUCAUUUCCUCUGGUAUGGUUUGUUAAUGCACCUUUCGUAUAUUGCUGGGUUCUUCGAGGUCAAAAUGAGAAUCACCAUGCUUUUUGUCUCAGGUGAUUGAAGCCAUGGAUUAUUACAGAGCCAGAAGUAAUGUUAAGUUGUUGUCGCUGCUGGUGAAAUUUUUAGAGUGAUGAGCUCUUGCUUCAGAGAGAGGAAGAAAUGGGGAGGGUGAUGGAGAAAAAGGAAAGAG